GGGGAGGAGAGAAGGGAGGCCCUGUCGUCCAAUCGAAACUCUUCCUCGGGAGUUAAAAGGACCGCUUCUCCAAUCCAAGUCCUCGUCCUCCGACCGCCUGAUCCUCUAUCCUUCUCCUCAGCUGCCUCCUUUCAAAUUCGUCUUUGCAGGUUUAUAGCUGCCCUGGCUUUGCCCCUUUACUCUCAGUCUCUCUGUCGGCUCCUUUAGUUUUUUCCCUUUUUUUCGGGUCCUGGUGGCUGGACCGGAACAAAGCCGAGACCUCGGAUCCCGAGCCCCAGCCCCGCCUUGCCUGCAUUAUGCUCGGAGCGGAAUUCGGAACCAUGGAAAAGCUCUCCUUCCUCCUGGUGUUGCUGGGGCCGGUGGCGUUCGUACUGCAGUCGAUUGUCGGGUCGCCCUACGGACGCCACGUUAGCCCCCGCUUUGGUCCCACUCUGCCGGUGAAGCUAGUGUGGUUCUUGCAGGAGAUGCCGAGCUUGCUGGUGCCCCUCUACGUGGUCACCUGCACCCCAGCCGAGCGUCUCAACCACUGGCCCAAUCGCAUCCUUCUGGGCAUCUUCAUCAUCCACUACUUACAAAGGACAUUAAUUUUCCCCUUUCUGAUUCGUGGAGGAAAGCCAGUACCAUUACUAAUAUUUGUGUGUGCAUUCAUGUUCUGUAUCCUUAAUGGAUACUUACAAAGCCAAUCUUUGAGUAACUAUGCAGUAUACUCUGAUAACUGGAUGAAAGAUCCCCGUUUUAUCACAGGUUGUAGCAUGUGGCUAAUAGGGAUGUUAAUAAAUGUCUAUUAUGAUAAUAUCCUAAGAAACUUGAGAAAACCGGGAGAGACUGGAUACAAAAUACCAAGGGGAGGCUUGUUUGAAUAUGUUACUGCAGCUAAUUUCUCUGGAGAGGUGAUAGAAUGGUAUGGAUAUGCUCUUGCAAGCUGGUCCUUUCAAGGCAUUGCAUUUGCACUAUUUACAACCUUUGUUUUAAGUGCCAGAGCAAAACAGCAUCACAGGUGGUACCUGGAGAAAUUUGAAGACUAUCCAAAGUUGAGGAAAAUUAUAAUUCCAUUUUUAUAUUAAGCAUGUCAUCAGUGAAAUUUUCUUCUAUCUUCAGCCUCAAAGGUCUGGAUAAUUUCCUCUGGGGAAUAUAUAACCAUCAUUAUUUUUCCUGAAUAAUAUUUCAAAGAAUCUUCCAAGAAAUUUUCCUGAGUAAAUUUCCACAAGUUCUAAUAACACCUGGAAAAAAUAGCAGCAUAUUCCUAGUACAGAACACAAAAGCUGCAAUCUCAGGCUGGAUUCUAAUUAUUUCUGAGGACCCUGGUUUUGCAAAGCUUUAUGUUGCCACUUCACCUUAUGAACUCCUUGAGAGGAGGCACUGAUUUUUGCCUUUCUUGUAGGCUCACUGCUUCGAACAGGUCCUGGCACCUAGUAAGCACUUAAUAAAUGUUUACUGACUAAAUAUGUCUAUGACUUGGUCUUCAGAGAGCAAAUGGUUCAAAAUAAAACAUUUUUCCUUCCUG